UCUCUUUUGACGCAGUUUGGGAUUUGAUUAAUCCGGAAGUGAAGUGGGAGGAUGUUUUCACACAAUUUGAUUGGCAAGCGAUCAUAAGACACCCUCUCAAUCGUCUCCUCUUUUUGAAUUUCUACAACCGAUGUAAAGCCCACAAGAUGCAGUCGUUGUUUUCGUCUAGACGAUCAACCAUGGCAGUAGCGGACAGCGGCAACACUCAAUCUCGUUUGCAGGACAUAAUUUUUCUGUUGCAAAACAAAAAAGAAUCUCUGGCUGCAUCCCGCUCCCGUCUAAGUUUGACAAGCAAGCAGAUUCAAGAAAUCUGUUCUGCACUUUAUUCUUCAUCAUCUUAUUCACAGCAUGCAGAAUCUUCCUCCCUCCAUAAUUUGUUGUCAAAUGUAAAGGCUAUCAAAAUCAUUCCAGAACCUGCCAGUAGUUCUUCGCUCCUCAGUGAAACCAUUAAUUUGGCACCAUUUCAUCAGUUAACUCAUUUGGAAGUUAGAAACAUCCCCAUCGUUCACCUUAGCCACUUGUCCCAACUUCGGUCCCAACUGCAUCAUUUGGUUCUAUAUGCUUGUCUUGAUUCUCUGGAUGAUGCACUGCAAGGAUGUGGAGGUGACAAUUGCUCUGAAACAUUUCUCUGGUCAGAAUUGCACUCUCUUCAUGUCACUAGCUGUCAGACAAUUGAUCUUGGCACUGGACUCCAAUUAGCACCGUGGCUCAAAACUCUAAAUUUGACUUUCAAUGAGUUGACGGACAACUCUACACAAUCCCUUUCUACCCUAAUGACCCUACAUAGUCUCACACUAGACUUCAAUAGCCUUCAAAGGAUACCUGUCUUAGCCCCCAGCGCGAGGACCACAUUGAAAGUAUUAAAACUCAGGCAGAAUCAGCUAGAUAGUCUCAGAGGUGUGGAGCAAUUGGUUUCUCUGGAGGAAUUGGAUGUAGCAUACAAUUGCAUAUCUAGCGGGGAAGCAUUAUCGGCUUUAUCCUUUUUGCCACAUUUGGUUAAACUCAGUUUGGAGUUCAAUCCACUGAGUUAUGUCAAAGAAUAUCGGCUCGUAGUUUUGCGUCGCGUCUCGUCUGGCGUAAACCGAAAAAAGUUUCGACUAGAUGAACAGCUAUUAAGUUCCAUCGAAAAGGAUGCUGUGGGCACAAUGGCAGCUUUGUAUUCGAUUCAACCGGAAUUGAUCGGAACGUGGAGUACCUCCCGACUGCUUCAGCAACAAACGACGGUUUCCUCUUCUAUAGUGAACGAAAUAGACGAAAACAGCCAAAAUUCUCUAGGUGCAGUCGUUAGCGAAUUCCAGAGUUCCCUGGGUGGCUCGGAGAGAAUUCGGCCAUCUCCCUCGCCUGGCAAAACUCUGGAUCAAUCCAUCGCCGCGAUUAACCCAUUGUCGUUGUCAGCGGUGAAGCGUCGUAAAGCGAGCCGAAUGAGAGAAGUGGAAAUUGCUGAUCCCCCAAACCUUCUGCCAGCCGAUUCUGAUUCUUUCAUGAAAUCCGAUCAGAACACUAUGGUAUCCACUGUUGUGACCUUGCCGAAGCCAUCUGAACAACAGCCUGCAUCAAGCAGUUCAGGACAUUUGACUACCAAGCAACGAGUAGAAGAACUACGUCGUGUCUUUGGUCAAGAAAAUUGGCUGACUAGUCAAGCAGGAAACGAAGUUCGUUUGCUUCUUGGAUGGCAAGAAACUGAAACCCAGUUGACGCAAUCGGCCAACACCAACAACGAUGAGAUGCUCAACCCGGAUCAAGACACAAAAUCCGAGUCUUCGGGAAAGGAUGACGCUAUACUUGUACUAAAGUCUGAAAGCGAUCGGAAUCUUCCUAGCGAACAAACUUGCGUGAUCACCAGCCAAGGCGAUUCGAACGAUGAAGAUUCAGAUGAUCUUCAUGUCUUUGUCGUUCAACGUCAAAUCAAUUCGGAUUUGCAAGAGGAGCGUUUGAUGACCGUGUCGGCUGCUUAUCUCUGCGAAAAAAACUCUCUCAGCGGUCAGACACUUUCCUGCUGGAAGCGAUCGAGUCUGCAAUGCGUAACGGUUCUCCAACAAUCUGCUUCACCUCGUUCCGUAGUUCGAGUACAACUGCUCUUUUAUUCCAAUUUUCGCAACAGUACCGAAGCCAUCUAUGACAUGGAAAAAGAAGACUUUAGAGAAUUGGAAAAGAUUCUCGCAAGUUGCUCCGAGACAUCAACAACAACUGCUAAUCCAGAGAAAGAAGAAAGAUUACCUAAAGACGAUAUGAGCUGCAUGAAGUGCGACCGUAAAUUUCCUUUAGUUCAGGCGGCUAUAAAGCUACGCAGUUCAGCUGUUUCCUCUCCUCUUUUGAAAGGACAACUGGAGGAGUAUUCCGUCUGUCCGUAUUGUGCAAGUGAUAUGGUAUUUGCAUUGGAACAACAACAGGCAGUAGGUCCCACUGAAACCUGUGUCUCUGAAUCAAUGUCUUCUACAAGCAAUCAGUCAGGAAGUGACGUCAUCGUUACUUCCAAUGAGCCCUACUCUUCCAGUGUUAGCGGUGGUGAAGAAGUCUCCGAUACUUCAGAAGAAGGAAGUGUCGAAGUCGUUGCUGACAAGGUCAUGCGACUCGCCACCAUGACGGAGUAUUCGGUCUCCCCGUUGAACGCGAACGGCUCAAACCUCAACAGAAAGCCAACUGGCAAAUCCCUUUCAUCGCUCUCGCACAGUAGCAAGAGCAGUAGUCAAGCUAGUAAUAAGAAUAGUUCUUCAGCGGUUCGCUCUACUUCUUCUAUCCGCUCAACAUCGUCAUCGAUCCCGUCCUAUAACUAUUCCUACGCUGACUUUUCGCAAGUGGAUCAUCGGUUAAGACUUUACUGCGAAAUGUUCCUAUUGGGCCACCAAUCUGAGGAGUUCCAUGGCCUUAUCAAGAUUGAGUUGGUCACGAUGACCGCUGGCCCGAUGGAGGAAGAACUUACGCCAACUCCUGCCCUUUUGGUGAUAACCAGUCAUAAAGUCUAUUUUCUCCGCAUAACUCAAUCAAAUAGCAGUGAGCAACCAGAAAGUUGGCUAAACCUGGAAAUAAGUUACCCACUUAGUCAACUGGUUUCUAUGCUGACCGUCAUCGGCAAUCAAGGUGUUGUGCUUAAAUUUGGCACGGCUUUACCGCAUCUCGUGUUGCUCCGUGAUCAAAGAAGAACAAAGAACGUGAUCCAUUUCCUCACUGAUGUUCUCGAGAAAUCAGGAAUCAAAGCACCGCCGCCCCGGUUGGAUCUUAUGGCAGACCAAUGGCUGGCGUUGGAGGGGCUUGUCCGAGGAGACCGGGACACCGUUUCAACAUGUUCUGCGGAUGACGGAGACAUAGGGAUUGUAGGUUCGACGACGACCAAUCGCUUCAUGCCAGACAGCAAUUCCCGUGUCUUCCUCUUUUGCACCAGUUGCCGGGUAGAAUGGGGCAACAGUAAACAGCAAGAAACCCAUCAGCAAACGGCAACUUAUCUUAACACCGCUUUGAUGGUGACAAGUGAUCGAAUGGCAUUAGUGCGUGGAGAUCCCCGUUGGUUGACGAAUCAUCAAGUCCAAUUUAGAACAUGGGGCGUUUCGCUUCUCAGUCUCCAGCAACUUGUCAAUCUCAUCUCUCUGGAAAGCUUUGUAAGCAAACCAGAACAAAUUCGAUGUUACUUCUUGGAUGAGGCCUCUGGUAUGGAGGAAAAAUGGACUGUUUCGUUAGCUACCAGAGAGGCGGUUGACCAACUGAUAGAAGCAGUACGCUAUCCGUGGGAGGCCGUUUUCUCAGUGGAGCUGGAAAUCAACGAACUUGAUGAAUAAUCAAGUUUUCGUCUUCUGUUUUGAUGUAGAAUUGUUAUUCUUUUUUUGUUACUUUGCUGUAAACAGUCUGCGAAGUGCAAUUAUUUUGUUUCAACCAUGUCUUUGGAACUCAAGGUCUUAAUUACACUAUGAGCAUUCA